UCGAGCACUUCUCCAUGCUGGUGAUUCUGCUCAACUGUGUGACUCUGGGGAUGUUCCAGCCCUGUGAAGACGUCGCCUGCCAAUCUGAGUGGUGCGGCAUCCUGCAGGUGUUGGACGACUGUAUUUUUGCUUUCUUCGCUGUGGAAAUGGUCAUCAAGAUGGUGGCCCUGGGAAUAUUUGGACCCAAUUGUUACCUUGGCGACAAGUGGAACCAGCUUGACUUUGUCAUCGUCAUGGCGGGGGUCAUGGAGUAUUCUCUGGACGGCCAUAACGCCAGUCUGUCAGCCAUCCGUACUGUCCGAGUGCUCAGGCCACUGCGGGCCAUCAACAGAGUACCAAUUAUAGUAAUAGCUAAUCUGAAGCUCGGGCUGGACCGUGCCGUCCUGCAGAGCAUGACUGGGAACAAAGAAGGCAACAACAACGGGCCGGUCCAGCAGUUCUCCAAGAAGGAGAUCGAGGACCUGCUGAGGAAAGGAGCCUACGCCGCCAUCAUGGACGAGAACGAUGAAGGCAAUUGCUUCUGCGAGGAGGACAUCGACCAGAUCUUGCAGCGAAGAGCCACCUUUUUGGAUAGCCGAAGAAACUACACUAACCAUAAUCCUCAGCUAUCGUUGUGAACACAACGCCAGUCC